AAAAAAAAAAAAAAAAAAAAAAAAAGUGGACAGUAAUAAAGAGAUCUUUUUUGGGUUAAAGAUAGGACAGAACCCCCAAGAUUUUGUUUUCAGGCAUUUGUACGAGACUAACUAAAAAUCUGCCAAGUCAUGCUGUUGUCCAGCACAGAUUUUUGGCCAACACAAGUGUAUCAUGAAAUGUUUUUUGUACUUACUGAUCAGCUGAAAACCUGAGAGUUGGGGCUCAGUUGCUUUGGCAUCUAUUCCUUUGGCCACAAUUAAUUUCCCAUUAGGUAUUCCGCAGAAUGACCAAUGUUUAGCUUAGGUUAACCAAAACCUUGGGUUUGUUGGUAUUGGUUGAAUUCAGAGCGUGGACUUAAGCUUGUAAAGAUGCCAAUUGCACGCUUUGAUAUCUGACUAAAUGGUUUUGAUUGGCGAAGAACUUCACUCCAGUUUUUUACUGGUUUGAUCCAUUCAAAUACAAAUUCCUGUAGCAAGGGCCUGUCCUGAGCUGUGGCAGUGGAGCAGUCUGGUGUCAGGGUCAGAGAAUGAGCUGCCACAUACCUGGGAAUCUGUUUUCCAGCCUGUCAGUUGAAGCUCUUGACAAACAAUAAACAAGAGCUGCACCUUGUUAUGCCUCUCUGCCUUCAAAGGGGUUUUUCUGGUUAAAUAGUGAGAUGGUAUUAACUUAGGGUGUGAAUACAAGUUUAAGUGCUGUGCUGUGAAUCUCUCGUGUCUUUGCUGGCUGGAAUGUUGCUGGGUUUUCUGCUUUGUUGUCCGAUGUCAGGGACAGCUAUGCCUUUGCAUUCCGUGUGUGUCUCUGUGUAUGGAGGGAGGUGCCUGCCUACCUGGAGCAUUAACGGUGGGACAUCGUUCUCAGCUUUGCCCUUGGAUUCAGGUGUCUCCUGUGGGCAACACACAGUACACCUAGGAAAGGCACGUUUAUUCCAGAACAGCCUUUGGGAGGACUCUCGUCCUGACUCGGUGGAGGUUCCUCUCCCUCUUCCCCCCAGCCCCUCAUCCCUCCUCGGCGCGGCAGCCCACCCAGGAGGGCAUCAGUAUCAGCCCUCUCCGGUGCGCCGGGGAAGUUGCUGACAUGCCUGCCGCUGGGUCCCGGUGCAGCGGCAGCGGCGGGGAGCCGGAUUUAAAGGGGAAUUGUGCUGCAGACAAUGCACAGCAGCAGCAUCUGGAGCAGCCCUGGGGACUGGAGCUCCGGUUUUGACAUUGCUGCACACACAGCACCAGCCGCAAUGACAGCAGCUGCCUGGAGUGGCUGCAGGCAGCAGGCAGGAGCAUGAAGUAGAGAGAUCACUGCAGUGCUCAAGAUGAACUCCUCUUUGGUUGGCAACCAGAGUGGCCGGCCCUUCUGUCUCCUGGCCAUUAGCUAUUUGGAGACCAUCAAUUUUUGCCUCCUGGAAGUGGUUAUUAUUGUGUUCCUCAUGGUGCUGAUUAUUUCGGGCAACAUUAUUGUGAUAUUUGUCUUUCACUGUGCACCUCUGCUGAACCACCACACCACCAGCUACUUCAUCCAGACUAUGGCGUAUGCUGACCUCCUGGUGGGCGUGAGCUGUCUGGUGCCUUCUUUGUCUCUGCUGCACUAUCCUAUUGUUUUAAGUGAGUCCUUGGUUUGCCAAAUCUUUGGUUAUGUGGUAUCAGUGCUGAAGAGCGUCUCCAUGGCCUCCCUGGCCUGCAUCAGCAUUGACAGAUAUAUUGCCAUCACGAAGCCCCUGACCUACAACACGCUGGUUACCCCGUGGAGGCUGCGGAUCUGCAUAUUGACCAUUUGGCUCUACUCCUGCCUGGUCUUCUUACCCUCCUUUCACUGGGGAAAGCCUGGAUAUCACGGGGAUGUGUUCCAGUGGUGCGCCAAUUCCUGGAACACCGAUCCCUAUUUCACCCUCUUCAUUGUGGUGAUGCUCUACGCCCCGGCCGCUUUCAUCGUCUGCUUCACCUACUUCAACAUCUUCCGCAUCUGCCAGCAGCACACCAAGGAGAUCAACGAGCGGCGCGUGCGCUUCAGCUCGCAGGACGGGGAGGCCGGGGAGGCCCAGCCCUGCCCGGACAAGCGCUAUGCCAUGGUCCUCUUCCGCAUCACCAGCGUCUUCUACAUCCUGUGGUUGCCCUACAUCAUCUAUUUCCUGCUGGAGAGCUCCAAUGUCUACAGUAACCGCGUCGCGUCCUUCUUGACCACUUGGCUUGCCAUUAGCAACAGUUUCUGCAACUGUGUCAUUUACAGUCUCUCCAACAGUGUCUUUCAGAAGGGGCUGAAGCGUCUCUCGGGGGCCAUCUGUGCCUCGUGUGCUAGACAGAGGGUAGCUAAGGACUCCUCUACCUCUAGGAGCAAAAGAUCUUCCAAUGGAUGUCAUGUCUAGGACGCCUGUCAGCUGGACUGGGAAGUGCAGGGACAAUUGCGUAGAUUGCAAAAUAACUUAGAUAUGAUUUUAAAAUAACCAGAUUUGCAAAAAGGUUUCUGAGAAAUGCUGCUGACAUAGAAGGAUCAGGAGCACAUAUCGUUGUGGUUUCAGUUUAAAAAAUGAUUGCUGUGGAGGAGGCUGCGGAGUUUCACCUCCACAUUCAUUUUAAAGAAUAAAGCUGUAUCUUGACACUUA